ACACACAAAAACAAAAAUCAAAAGCAAAAAAAGGAAAAAAAAAAUAAAAUGAAAGAAAAAGAAAAAGAGGAAACAAAUAAAUGGCUUGUUCAUUCUCUCAAAAUUAAUUAAUAUAACCCCCUCUCCAUCUUGUCAUGAUCCAUUGUGCAUUGGACUAUAAAUACUGCACAAAACACUGAUCCAUCCAUCCAUCCCCCAAAACCAGCUCAUUUCAUUUCCUUCUGGCUAGUACUAUAGUUUUAGCAGGAUUAACAAUUUAAGUACAAGUUUCAAAAUCUAAUUGAUCCAAAGCCCUCUCUUUGUAAAGAAGCUCUACUUUUAAUUAAGCCCUUUUAACCUUUCUUUGGAUAUAUUUUCAGUUUUCAUCUCUAUUUUUUUUUUAUUCGGGAUGACGUUAAUGGCGUCACAAGUUCCGGGAGAUCAGAAGUACAUAAAACCCUAUCCAGUGUACUCCCACCCUAAACAGCUGGAUCUAUCUUCGGUUCAGGAACUACCUGAAUCUCACGCAUGGGCAUCCAGUUCAUUGGAGGAUGAUUUUUGCAGCCAAGUGGAAACCGUUCCGGUGAUCGAUUUGUCCGACGUUAAUGUCUCCGAGUUACUAGGUAACGCAUGCAGGAGUUGGGGUGUUUUCCAGGUUAAGAACCAUGGUUUCCCCAAGAGCUUGCUCCAAGAAAUGGAGUCUUUGAGUCAAAAGCUCUUCUCACUUCCGAUGCAACAAAAGCUGAAAGCUGCUCGUUCGAUUGACGGGUUUUCCGGCUACGGUGUCGCGCCGAUCUCGUCGUUUUUCCCGAAAGUGAUGUGGUCGGAAGGAUUCACCAUCAUUGGAUCCCCUUUGGAGCAUGCUCGCCGGCUUUGGCCCCAAGAUCACUCCACUUUCUGUGAUGUAAUUGAGGAAUUUGAGAAGGAAAUGAAAAAGUUGGCGAUGAACCUCAUGUGGCUGAUAUUCGGGUCAUUGGGUAUUAAGGAGGGAGACAUCGAAUGGGCUGGCCCAAAAGACGGGAAUCAUAACCCGGAAGGUGGAAGUGCUGCGAUUCAGUUGAACUCGUAUCCUGCCUGCCCCGAACCCGACCGGGCUAUGGGUCUAGCAGCACACACGGACUCCACCAUACUCACAAUCCUCCACCAAAACAACACCAGUGGACUUCAGGUGCACCGAGAAGGGACCGGGUGGGUCACGGUUCCUCCACUUCCCGGAGCCCUUGUUGUCAAUGCGGGGGACCUUCUUCAAAUACUAUCCAAUGGGUUGUUCCCGAGUGUCCUCCAUCGGGCUGUUGUGAACCGUACCCGGCACCGUUUUUCCAUAGCAUAUCUCUAUGGGCCUCCGUCUGGUGUUACUAUCUCCCCGGUGCCCAAAUUACUCGACCAAUCCCACCCACCUUUGUACAGGCCAGUCACUUGGAAAGAGUAUCUUGGGGUCAAAUCCAAGAUUUUCGAUAAAGCACUUAACUCGUUAAGACUUUGUUCACUAUCUCCGGAUAAGACUGACGAAGAAUUGAAUAACGAUCAUAAUUUGUUUAGAAUAAGAUAAGAUAGAUCGAUUUUUCUUUAUCAUUAGAUAGAAGUAUCUAGAAUUUGUUUUAGAUGAAUCAAAUCAUUCGCGUAUAAUCUUUUAAGGUAUCAAAUAAUUUCAUGAACAUAUUCAUUAAAGAUUAAUUAUACUAGUAAAAAUGGAGAUGAUCAUUUGCUCUACCUCGUGUAUUUUUACGUCAAUAAAAAACAAAACGAUAUAAUGAAACACCAACAAAGGCACAAGUAUAAU